GAAUGUAUCCUGCCAAAACACUAUGAUUAUUCGUCAAAUGAUGUAAUCUCUACUGUAAUGACAGACAACAACACGUUUAAUGUUCUUAUUGAAACAUCUGACGGAAAAGUAGGUUUUUCCGUUGGUAUUGAUGUAAUUGUUAGUCAGUUACAGCUGAAGGAUGGUUGUUUUCUUUUUUUUACAAAAUCUUUUGGUAAUUUUUUCCAUUUAAAAGUUUGUGGGAAAAACGGUCUUGAAAUGAAUUUUCCGGAUUUAGAGGUCGACGAGGUAAUUUACAUAUUUGUACGCCAUUAAAUUUUUAUACAUGUUAAUUUUAAUUCAGUUCUAUAUAUUUAAUUUUCAGACUGACGUUGCACCUAUCGAUGUUGAAAAUGAUGUUGAUGAAGUAUUACCUGGUGGUGUUCGUCAUUUUGUUCGUAUGGCUGGUCAUCGUUAUUUUAGGAUUCCCGAUCCUGUUUCACGUAUGGCUAGACUUGAUGAAGGUUUAAGAGAUAUCACCGUUAGACUUAAUCAUCUUGAUCCGCCAAAGCAAUUUACUCACGAUACCAGACGUGAAAGGAAAAGCGGUGGAGGAUGGCGAUAUGCUUUAACCAGUUGGAAGAAGUUUAUGAAAGCUGCUGGAAUUAAGGUCCGUGACAGGGUUCAUUAUUCUUUUGAUGAAAAUGACCAGGUGUUGAGUGUUGAUCUGGUUGUACCUUACGUUAGGCGUAGUCAUUAG